UUAGAGAUGAGGAAGCCCUGGGGGCCAGAAAACAAGAAUCAGAUUCAGCACAUUCGGCCAAGUCUUAAGUGGUGGUGGGCUGGAACCCCCAAGGCGCCGGUUUGAGGAGGGAAACCAAUAUGGCAGGGGGCAUUUUACUGGGUGAUGGUGGGGCAUUAUGGCAUGUGGAGAUUAUGAACGCGUGGGGAAAAACAGACAUGUGCAGGGUGACGGAGGUGGAGUGUGAGCGUCUGGGGGGGCCAUUUUUUUUUUUGCAGGGAAAGGAUCACUGGGAGUGGGACCGAGAAGGCACUGAGGUAGCAACUGGCAGGGAAAAAGGCUCUCUGCCAGGUUAGAUUUUGCUCCUCCUUUACCAGGAAAUAAAGUCCUGGGGGAAAUCCACUCCUGUUCCGAGCACUGUGAAACGAGAAACACACGCUCUUUGCACGUUCCUAGAAGUUCCUGAAGAGUGUGAGAUUCACUCCCACCUAGGAGACUGAUUACAGUAGUUUCCUAUGGGGAAGAAAACAAAAGGGAAGAAAAUAAGAGAAAGAAAUAAUUCUAGUCCCAGUUCAUGCCCAGCAACGUGGCUUGAUGAUAUACUACUCUUCCAGGAGCAGCCCACAUCAGACAACAACAUGCCAGCUGAAUCAAUCAUCCGGAUCCCUCCAUACCAUUAUACCCAUGUUUUGGACCAGAAUACGAAUGUGACUCGAGUGGAGGUGGGGCCCAAGACCUACAUCCGCCAGGACAAUGAGAGGAUCAUAUUUCACCCAGUGAAGAUGGUGAUGGUCCCCCCACGCCAUUACUGUAUCGUCCUCAAUCCAGUGGUUCGGGGAGCAGAUGAUGAAGUUGAACUCGAUAGCAUGGGGCAGGUGCGGCUCAGACAUGCUGACCUAGACAUCCGACUGGCUCAGGACCCUUUCCCUUUGUAUCCAGGAGAGGAGCUGCAGCAGGAUGUUACACCUCUGCAGGUCGUCUUAGCUAACACCGCCCUCCACCUGAAGGCCCUCUUGGACUUUGAGGAUGAUCAAGGGGGCAAGUACAUCGCUGGAGAUGAGUGGUUAUUUGAAGGGCCUGGCACAUACAUCCCCCGCAAGGAGGUUGAGGUAGUGGAGACUAUCCAGGCCACAAUCAUUCGGCCCAACCAAGCCAUAAGAAUUCAGGCACGGAAAGAGUGCAAGGACCGAGAGGGGAAUAAACGUGUGACAGGUGAAGAAUGGCUUGUGAAACGGGUUGGGGCUUACCUGCCUGGUGUGUUUGAAGAAGUCAUUGAUACGGUGGAUGCCUACGUCCUGACCGAAAAGAAAGCACUGCACCUCCGAGCCACCAAGAUGUUUCGGGACUUCAAGGGCAUCCUGCGGAAGACAGGAGAACAGUGGCUAGUUACCAUGGCUGAUACUGACAACCACAUUCCAGAUGUUUAUGAGGAAGUGGUGGGCGUGGUGGACAUUACCACCCUGAACAGUUGUCAGUACUGUGUCGUUUGUGAUCCGCUGGGAGAAGAUGGCAAACCCCAGCUUGGACAGAAGAAGGUGAUCAAGGGGGAGAUAUCCUUCUUCCUGCAGCCUGGAGAACGGCUGGAAGACUGUAUCCAGGAUAACUUCAUCCUUUCGGAAGAUGAUGGCCUCCUGCUACGUGCGGUCCGUUCCAUGGAAGACUUUAAUGAGGAUGGAGAAGAAAUUACACGCAAAGCAGGUGACCGUUGGCUAAUCAAGGGCCCCUUGGAAUAUGUGCCGCCUGUGAAGGUGGAAAUACUGGAGCAGCGCCAUUCCAUCCCAUUGGCCGAGAGUGAGGGCAUUUACGUGCAGAAUAUCAAGACUGGAAAGGUCCGAUCUGUUGUUGGCCACACUUACAUGCUGUCUCAGGAUGAGGAGCUGUGGGAGAAGAAGCUGCCCCCCCAUGUGGAGGCCUUACUGGCUGCAGACAGAGAUCCUCUGGUCGAUCGCACCAGGGAGGCCACCGAAGAAGGGACGUGCGUUCCCCGUGAUAAGACCCGGGUCGUGUCCUACCGUGUCCCUCACAAUGCUGCGGUGCAGGUGUACGACUACAAGGAGCAGAAGGCCAGGGUGGUUUUUGGGCCAGAACUGGUACUUCUGGGGCCAGACGAGCAGUUCACCGUGCUGAGUCUGUCUGGAGGCCGACCCAAGCGUCCCCACGCCCGCCGGGCCCUCUGCCUCCUUUUGGGGCCCGACUUCUGCACUGAUGUGAUCACCAUUGAAACAGCCGAUCAUGCCCGCCUGCAACUUCAGCUGGCCUAUAACUGGCACUUUGAGGUCCCUCCACCCGCGGAAGCAUCCCGUCUGUUUAGCGUCCCAGAUUUUGUUGGCGAUGCUUGCAAGACCUUGGCCUCCCGCAUUCGAGGGGCUGUGGCUGCUGUCACAUUUGAUGACUUCCAUAAGAAUUCAAAUCGUCUGAUCUGUGCUGCUGUGUUUGGGUUUGACGGGGAAGGGACGCUCCGCAGCUCCUUGCGCUUUGCCCCCAAUGGCCUCGUCAUCAGCAGCAUCGACAUCCAGAGCGUGGAGCCCGUCGAUCAAAGGACUCGAGAUUCCCUCCAGCGCAGCGUGCAGCUCGCCAUAGAGAUCACCACCAACUCUCAGGAGGCUGCUGCCCGGCACGAGGCAGAGAGGCUGGAGCAAGAGGCCCGAGGACGUCUGGAGAGGCAGAAAAUUCUAGACCAGGCAGAGGCCGAACGGGCCCGGAAGGAGCUGCUGGAACUGGAAGCGCUGAGCACGGCCGUUGAAAGCACCGGGGCAGCAAAGGCUGAAGCCCAGUCGCGAGCAGAGGCCGCCCGGAUUGAAGGCGAAGGGGCAGUCCUGCAGGCCAAGUUGAAGGCAGAGGCUACCGCCAUAGAAACAACAUCAGAGCUGGAGCGUCUGCGGCAAGCACGGGAACAGGAACUACGCUUCGCCAAGGCCCAGGCUGAUCUGGAUGUGGCCCGUGCAGAGGCUCUCGCUGCUGUCGAAGUGAAGAAAUUUGAGGCUGCAAUCAAGGCACUGGGGCCUGAAACGAUCCGUGACAUUGCCGUGGCUGGACCCGCGAUGCAGGCAAAACUGCUCCAAGGUCUGGGCAUCCAGUCCACUUUAAUCACAGACGGCUCCUCUCCUAUCAACCUCUUCACAGCUGCAGGAGGGCUGCUGGGAAUUCUGCCCAAGCCUGCUACGACUUGAUUAGCAACUGAAGAUGGACCACCUUCUUCCCUCCUGAGUUUUCCACGAGUGCCUUAGAGAUGAAGCAACAUCAGCCAAGGCUUCCUUUCUUUCUAAGCCUCCUCCAAAUGUUUGCCUUUUUCAUGUAUUAAAAAAAAAAGUACACAGUACUAUUGCAAAAAAUAAACACAUUAUUGCAAACAGA